AUGUCAAAUUUCGAAGAACCCUUUCGUUUGCGCAAACGCUUUCGUCACGAAGAAGAACGUGAAUUUGUCAGGCAACAACAAUCAUGGCAUAAAAAUAUUCUCGAUUUGGAAUAUGGGACCUAUUUGGGACGAACACCAAAACGUUGGCUUUAUCUUCUGCUAUUCUAUGUUGUUUUCUACUGCGGACUGGCAAUUUUAUCGGCAUUGUGUUAUGUGGCAUUUCGCCUAACGCUACCACAUCAUCGCCCAAAAUGGUCAAUGCAACAACCUGGCUUUAGUUUUGAACCCCAAAUUAAUUCGGAAAUGAAUAUUUUCUAUAAUCCACAAAAUGAAGAUGAAGUUGCAGUAUUUGUGGAACACAUUGAGAAGUCGUUAAGGAAAUAUGGUGAUAUACCGGAGAAUUAUUUUGGCAACUGUACCAGUGGCGAGGAAUACGGCUAUGCCCAGGCUAGGCCAUGUGUCUUCCUGAAAAUAAAUCGCAUUAUUGGUUUCCAAUGUGAAACUAUAGAAAAGCCCGAGGAAUUACCACAAGAAGCUCCACCAGAUUUAUAUCGAUUUUUACAAGAAAUGUCUGAAGAAGAACGCCAUGGUCGUAUUUGGGUAUCAUGUCAAUCGAAUCCACCACUACUAUUGGUUUAUUUACCACAACGAUUCUAUAAUGCCUCUAUUGUAAAUAUUUCAAGAAUGGUGGAACAUAAAUUUUCCAGUGGACCCGUGGAUUAUUCAAAGCAAAAUUAUGGUAGAUUUUAUAAUUCGACAGAUUUUCAACGCAUUAUUGCUGUACAAAUUUCAAAUGUCAUUAGUAAUGUAAAAUAUUCGAUAUUGUGCUCCCUGUGGGCUAAAAAUAUUGAACAUGAAAUCCAUGUCAAACAGAGUGGUCAUGGUCGGAUUUCUUUCAAUUUGCGUCUUAAUGAGGGGUAA